UCUAAAAAAAAAAGUUCAAGUCUUUUGCAUUGUAGUCGGUUUCAAGUACACUCUUUCGAGUAAUUUUCUUUAAUGAAUUUUCCUAACCUCGUGCAAGUAGAAAUAGUUUCCUGUCACAUCUUCUUCUUCUUACACCAAUACAAAUUUUUUUUAACGAAUUUUCCUACGCGGCAUUUGUUAGGGUUGAUUUUCACCACGUGGUGAGCGAAGUAGCAACAAAAAGACUCAAAAACACAAAAAAGUGUCAGAGGAGGAAAACGGCGAUAAAGCAGACGAGAAUCCAACAAAAAUGGAGAAUUUUUUCAGCCCAGAAAUGAUGAUGGAUGCACAGAAUGUCCACGUACAAAAUGGUGGCAGCUGCGGUGAGGUGGUGCAGUCGAACGGGGUGACCACCAACGGGCACCACCAUCACCAGAACCAUCACAGCAGCAGCAGCAGCAGCGGCAGUAGCAGCAAGCAUAAAUCCUCCAGCAAGGACAAGCACCGUGAUAAGGACCGGGAGCACAAGAGCUCCAGCUCCUCCAGCUCGUCGAAGGAACACAAAAGUAGCAGUCGCGACAAGGACCGACACAAGAGCAGCAGCAGCAGCAGCUCCUCGUCAAAACACCGCGACAAGGACAAGGAUUCGCAUCGUAGCAGCAGCAGCAGCUCCUCGUCCAGCCACCGAGAUAAGGAUAAGGAUGGCAGCAGCAGCAGCAAGCACAAGUCCUCUUCGUCGUCGUCGUCAUCGUCGUCUGGACACCACAAGAGCUCCUCGAAAGACAAGGAACGACGGGACAAGGACAAGGAGCGCAGCAGCAGCAGCAGCAGCUCAUCCAGCCGCCACAAGUCAUCUUCGUCGUCCCGUGAUAAGGAGCGCAGUAGCAGCAGCCAUAAGAGCUCCUCGUCUUCCUCGUCAAAGAGCAAACAUUCCAGUUCAAGUUCACGCCACAGCAGCAGCUCAUCGUCUAAAGAUCCGCCCUCGUACGAUGGUGUGUUCGUCAAGCCGGAGCCCGUCUCGCAGGCGCCAAUGCAGGAUUCCCUGGAUCCAUUCCAGAUGCAGCACCACCAUCAGCAGCUCGGUGGCUACGAGGCCAACUGCAAUGGCAACGGCGGAAUGGGAGCCUCUAACUACAAGAACGGCUACGAAGACUCCAUUGUGGACAUCAAGAAGGAGGACGAAAGCUUCAACAAUCUCUCCCAGGCCAGCUCUUGCGACUACUCCAUGUCCCAGUUUCGUUCCGAUGAGCCGCCGUUCGAGCUGAAGAACGAACCGAGCUACGCUGAAGAGGACAAUACCCUAAACGACGAUAACGACGACGAUGACGAUAAUGAGAACGACAACGAGGAGAUGGACGAUGACCAGGAGGACAUACCGCUGGCCAUGCGUAAGCGCAAGCAGGAGCCAAUGGACCAGGGCGAGGAUGACGACGACGAUGUACCGCUGCUGGCGCGCAAGAAGAUCAAGAAGGAGCCCAAGGAGAAGAGCAAGAAGCGCGUCAAGGAGGAGACCGAGGACGACUACUCCAGCGCAAAGCCCAAAAAGAAGAAGAUCAAAAAGGAAUCCCAAAUCAAGACCGAGGCCACUGCAUCGCCCACCAAACGCCAGAAGGUCAAGGAGGAGGAAGAGGAGGUCUGGAGAUGGUGGGAGGAGGAGAAGCGCGAGGAUGGCGUCAAGUGGUCAACUUUGGAGCACAAGGGUCCUGUUUUCGCACCGCCCUAUGAGCGAGUACCUCGCAACGUGCGCUUCUAUUAUGACGGCAAGCCGCUGGAGCUCUCCGAGGAGACGGAGGAGGCGGCCACCUUCUAUGCCAAAAUGCUGAACCACGACUACUGCACCAAGGAUGUGUUCAACACGAACUUCUUCAAGGACUUCCGCAAGUCGAUGACCUCCAAGGAGAAGGAGAUCAUCAAGGACUUCCGCAAGUGCAAUUUCCAGGAGAUGCACAACUACUUCCAGGCGGAGUCCGAGAAGCGCAAGGCUGCCACCAAGGAGGAGAAGCUGGCCAAGAAAAACGAGAACGAGGCGCUGGUCAAAGAGUACGGCUUCUGCAUGAUCGAUGGCCACAAGGAGAAGAUCGGCAACUUCCGUCUGGAGCCGCCAGGGCUGUUCCGCGGCCGUGGUGAGCAUCCCAAGAUGGGCAUGAUCAAGCGCCGCAUUCAGGCCAGCGACGUGUCCAUCAACUGUGGCAAGGAGUCGCAUGUUCCGUCACCGCCACCGGGUCAGCGCUGGAAGGAGGUGCGCCACGACAAUACAGUCACCUGGCUGGCCUCCUGGAUCGAGAACGUGCAGGGCCAGGUGAAGUACAUCAUGUUGAAUCCCUCCUCGAAGCUCAAGGGCGAAAAGGAUCACAUCAAGUACGAGACGGCCCGCCGCCUGGACAAGGUGAUCGAUAAGAUUCGCGCCACCUACCGCGACGAGUGGAAGUCGAAGGAGAUGCGCGUCCGGCAGCGGGCGGUGGCCCUCUACUUCAUCGACAAGCUGGCGCUGAGAGCGGGUAACGAGAAGGACGAGGAUCAAGCCGACACCGUCGGCUGUUGCUCCCUCCGCGUCGAACACGUCCAGCUGCACAAGGAGCUCAACGGUAAGGAGAACGUUGUCGUGUUCGACUUUCCCGGUAAGGAUUCGAUUCGUUACUACAACGAGGUCGAGGUGGAGAAGCGUGUCUUCAAGAACCUCGAGCUCUUCAUGGAGCACAAGAAGGACGGCGACGACCUCUUCGAUCGCCUCAACACCCAGGUCCUCAACGAACACUUGAAGGAGUUGAUGGAUGGACUCACGGCCAAGGUAUUCCGUACGUAUAACGCAUCGAAAACACUGCAGAGUCAGUUGGAUCUGCUCACCGAUCCGAGUGCAACGGUGCCGGAGAAGCUGCUGGCCUACAAUCGCGCCAACCGAGCCGUGGCCAUUCUCUGUAACCAUCAGCGCUCCGUGCCCAAGGGCCAUCAGAAGUCAAUGGAGAAUCUAAAGGAGAAGAUCAAGACCAAGCGCGAUGCCAUCGACGAUUGCGAGGCCGAAUAUCACGAUUUGAAGAAAGCUGCCAAGCGGGGCUCCGUCAAGGAGAAGGUACUUGCCGACAAGAAGGGCAAGCAACUGGAGCGCCUGAAGGAGCAGCUGAAGAAACUGGAACUACAAGAGACUGAUAGAGACGAGAAUAAGACCAUUGCCCUGGGCACAUCUAAGCUAAACUAUCUCGAUCCUCGCAUAUCGGUGGCCUGGUGUAAAAAGCACGGAGUGCCGAUCGAGAAGAUCUUCAACAAAACGCAAAGAACCAAAUUUCUGUGGGCCGUGCACAUGGCCGAUGAGGAUUAUCGUUUUUAAAUGGAUUCUCACUGCCACGCCCAGGAGCUCCGCCACAGACACACUUAACAUAAACCACACACAGGCAGUGCAGGUGAAAACAGCAAAAACUUAACAAGUAACCAGAAUACACCCACCACAAAAGUAAUCCGGCUGGCGGAUCCCCAGCUUCCUUCCUUCCUCCCUCCCGGGAAAGUUUAUGCAAUUGGUAAUGCAUAUGUCCAGCUUUCGCGGAGCGUGCUUAAGACAAGGACGGAAGACAAGAGACGGAGAUAGAGAGAGAAGAGCCCGGGAUCUGCGGCCUAAUGCUGUGUUGUCUGCUUUGAAUCGUUUAAAUAUAUCAAGUGCGCACUAAGCUGAAGUCUAACUUGCGAAAUGUACACACUUUCACAAAUGCCCCAUUCUUUAAUCGUAUAUAUAUAUAUAUACGAUAUAAUAUAAAUCUUAUAAAUUAAAAAAAAAAAGGAAAAAAGCAACACCAGCAGAUGAGUUGAAGGAAAUACGACUUCGUUCGCCGCCGCCGCCUAAAAACAAAAACAUAAUUUUCUAUGUUACCAUUCAAAUAUUUUCAAAUAGGUCGUAUACACUAUUUUAAGUUUUAAUUAAUAAUUAAAACAAAUAAUGGAAAGCUAAAGCAAACGCUAAGCAAUCAAGAUACAAACAACAAAACAAAACGCAAGCAAACGAAAAAGUAAUAGGAUUAAAGUUUUUUAUGUUUACCUGUAGUUGAUUUUUGUUUAGCGAAAAAUGUCUUUCACUAUUAAAUGAUAAUUUAUAUCGUACGGUUACGUAUUUAAGUGCUUACUGAACACAGAGAAUUAUAUUUUAAUAAUUUAAUUCAUCAAUUCAAUAUCGGAUCCAGCGCAACUAUCUCCCCGCCCAACGGAAACAUAAUAUAAUACUAUAUAAAGCAAAAGCUAAGCGUCUGCUGAUGCUGCGCGGUACCUUAUGAUUUUAGUUAAAAUUCUAAUUAACAAAUGCUACCGUUUUUUUUUUUUUUGAUAUAUAUAUAUAUAUAUACAAACAAAUAUACCUUUUUUUGUUUAAAUAAAAAUGUUUAUAUGUUAAGAACGGCCUGGUUUUGUUUUCGACUCUGGUUUGAAGCGAGUAGAAAACCGAACCAGGACAUUUAUUCAUAAUUUUGUAUACUAUAUAGACAGGUUUCAAAUUCUGUUGAGUUUAAAAACAAAACAAAAAUUGCAAAUCAAUCAAUGAAUCAACCAAAACCACAGGCAAAAGCAGUCGAAACGAAAUCUUUAACUAAAAGAAAAAAAAUUACAAAUAGGAUUCUUUAGUACAUUUGUGCAAUUAGGUGGCUAAAAAAAACUAUAACAAAAAAAAAAAACUAAAAACUGUAAAAAAAACAAACGUCCAUUUAUGGCCAACUCUCGUCCUGAUAUUUUUUUUAAUAUUUAAGUUUGCAUUCGUUGUAAUUUGAACGAUUCUGAACUUGGCCCGAUUUUAUUCAGAACGUGCUGGGGCGAGAGUCGGCUCUGGAUUGGACAUAUAAUCCGAAUGGGAAUUAAGAACAUAACAUUGGCCCAUCAUAUUAUAUAGCUGUAUUUUUACCAACACGAAACGAGAUAUGUAGAUGGUUAAAUGAGAGUUCUUUGAUGACCCAGCCUCACACACCUUAGCAUAAAUUGCAAAAGCGCAUUGCAAAUAAAGAUCGGUCUAUAUAUUUAUAUAUAUAUGAAAUAUAUGGAAACAACCUACACAUAUGAUAAUUAGUAACUUAAAAUAAACAAACACGAAACAUUUGCAAACGUAUGUAUGUUGUGGACGCACAGGCCAGGCAUACGGGCGGAGUAGGUUCGCAUAAGUGACAACGCUUUCAAAAGGCAAAUAAAAUAAAUAAAUCGUGUAGACUCCUUUUAAUCCCUUCUCCCUUAAAAACAAAAAAAAAGCCCCUCACUCACAUAUAAACUUGGCAUAUUACAAUAUUGAUAUAAGCGAGGAAAAACAUGAAACGAAAUGAUAAGAAAAAACUAUUUUAAAACGAAAACAAAUUAUAUAUAUAAAAAAAAAUUAAAAAUAAGUUAAAGUAAUUGUAAUGGAAUGAUGCAAAUAUACAUACAAUAUAUAUUUAAUUUUUAAAACGAAA